CCUCAUAUAUAAUGGCUCAAGGUUUUACGUUGCUUUCUUAAGCUCAGUACUUCUUUGUUUAAGUCUCGGUAAGGUCUGUUCCAAGUCCGUCAAAAACGCCCCCGUGCGAAGUUCAGGCUCUCUAUGGUGAGCUAGGCAAAGAAUCACGAUUUCGCCGCAAACAGCUUUACAGUCUCAAAUUAGGCUCUGAGCGAAGAUGGCUUACUUGGCCGCAGUAGCAUUGACAUGCCUCGCGGUUGGAGCCAAUGCGCUACCUCCGGCAUCAAAAGGACCAUGUGCAGCAACGGCUGAAUGGACCGAGUGGAAGGACAUCAAACACACGUUCAUCUUUGGAGAUAGCUACACAGCGACAGGAUUUAACUACACGCAAGCAGCACCCACAGCAGAGACUCCCCUCGGCAAUCCAGCGUACCCAGGAUACACAUCAUCUAAUGGACCGAAUUGGGUCGACUUUCUGACAGUCAAGCAUAAUGCGUCUCGUUUACAGACUUACAACUUCGCUUAUGGAGGUGCUACCGUCGACUCCGGUCUCGUUAAGCCGUACCAGCCAACUGUACUAUCUGUCAAGCAACAAGUAGAGGAUGAGUUCGUCCCGGGCUAUACUGGUGAUUCACCAAAAGCCCCGUCAACUCCGAAAUGGACCGGAAAAGACUCUAUCUUCGCCGUCUGGAUCGGUAUUAACGAUGUCGGCAAUUCAUACGGAGCUGGGGCCGAAUCUUCAGGCCCCCUAUACACCCAGAUUUUCGAUCUUUACUCUGGACUGAUUGAUAAGCUCUACAGUAAUGGCGCAAGGAACUUCGUGUUCAUCAAUGUUCCACCUGUCGAUCGGAGCCCCUUGACCGUUGGUCAGGGGCAGAGCUCAGUAGACACGGAGAAAGCAGCUAUUGAAGAUUGGAACAAACGUGUCUCGGAUACGGCUGCUGCGCUCAAGAAAAACCACACGGAAGAGGUCAAUGUCUGGGUCUACGACUCGAACAAGGUUUUCGGGGAAGUAUUAGAUAAGCCAUCUACGUAUGAACAGACCGCUGGCCUCAAGAACACGACCGACUUUUGCGCUGCGUAUCAAAAUGGCACGCCGAACGAAGAUACGCUUACCACGAGCUGUGGAGUUCCUGUAAACGAAUAUUUCUGGCUCAAUAAUCUACACCCGACAUAUCCUAUCCACGAUGUGGUUGCCAAAGGUGUCGCAGACGCCCUAAAAGCAGGGCCAGGUAUUUGUUAAGAAUUAUGAUAUGAAGAUAUAGAGAGCCAUGGAAAUAUUACAUGAAAACUUGAAUGUAUAUACCUACAACCACCCAUGCGGAACCAUCCGGUUUUCUCACCAAGAACCGUCAAAACUCACCAACUUCAUGUCUAAAUCAAAAGUAACAGUAAAAUCAAACAGUAAUAUAAGUUGAAGUGUACAGCCUUCUAGAAAACGUACGGU